AUGGAGGCGAGCGAGCUUGCCCUCCCGUCGGAGAACUUGAAGAGCUACCAGGCCAUGCACUGCCUCCGCAGCUCGCCGAACUGGUCUGGCCGCGCUAUGGAGCCGGAUGAGUCGGGUAUUCCGGCCAAGCACAAGCUCAGCUUUCUCAAAGCUGUGCAUGAAGAGCUGUCGCACAUGGGCAAUCGAGAUGGCAUAGUGCAGGCCUUGCAAGAGGAAGGCAAGAGCUGGAAGAAUCUUCAACUCGAUGCCCAGUUCGUCGUGUCUCGUUGCGAGAGGUGCAGGAAGAACACACAGCGCGGACUUUCAGGACCUUCCGUUCGGCAUCUGCCGACGCCUGGCCAGGUGGGUGCGGGGGAUGUGAUUGGCAUCGACAUGAAAACUGUCCGGCCGAUCAACAAGGACAAGUGGAUUUGCCUUUUGGCGGUCUGCUUCACUUCGAAGAAGGCUUUUGCGUGGGAUCUGGACUAUGGCUGCG